AUGUCACAUCUCCCUGAAGACUUCCAAUACAUUGGAGAGCUUCUUUCUAGCAUCAUAAGGGUUCUCCCCAGAAAGUUAGGGGCUCUCCGUCCUCCUCUGAAGAACCUAGAGAGUAUUUUCAUCUCUUUCUUGACAGUCAUCAAUGAGGACACAGAUCAAAUUUCAAUCAGCGCUAACGACUUCUUGGCGUCCGUUAAGCCGAUACCCCACGACUCGUAUCUUGCCGAGGGGGCAGAAGUUCUUAAAACAAUAGCCAAGCUACUUUCCUCCCAACACCAGAAACUGAUAAAUCCACAAGACGAAUGCACCCAUCAGCAGCAAAUGAUUUAUCUAGGGGACCUAGUGGAACUUUCUGCCACAGCCCCCUCCGAGGCUGUGUGUGCUGCCGAUGGCGUCACGAAAAGCACGAAGAGUAAGAAAGCCAAGGCCAUAGCGCGGGAUAAGAUGGUUUUACAGCUUUACUACGAGACCUUUUCCAACAGCAAAAUGCUUCUUCCACUUCUAGGAAUAGCACUAAAGAUUCUCUCCCUGCAGAUAGACUCUCAUAUCAAUGCUGUGCCCUCAAAGCUCAUUGAGCUGUGCUAUUGCUUGCUCACAGUUCUUCUAGCAAGUGGAGUACUUUAUAUGUCGUCUGCCCAACUCUGCUUGCAGGGUCUUCUUGCAGUAGAGUACAGACGACUAGUUAAAUAUGAUAGCAGGAAGAGUGUUUUUCACAACUUUCUGAUGCUGGAGUCGUGCUUCAACUUUGACCGAGAGAUUGUUGCUGUUCGAACUCUCCUGCUCUGCCUUAUUAAUUGUGCUGCACUGCGAAACGUUUAUUUAAUUGAGCAGCAAGCUCAACUAGUGGACAACAGCCCUGAGCCCUCAGCGGCUGUGUCUGCUAACUGGAUAACCGAACACACGCUUCUCCUGAUCAAGUAUGUGCUGUGUCGUUUGUUCACAAUUAUACUGGCACUGGACAAGAACUUUCCCUCGGUGUCAAAGCUGAAGCCGUCUGUUAGCACAAAGACUCUAGCCACUGAUUCGAAUAUUUAUGACUACGCCAGCCUAGUGUUUCUUCGUGUUCAGGCAUCUAUAGAAACCCUUGAGAUAACGCCCGAGCAGUUCUCUUGCAUGAAUCAACGGAAGUAUGAGCAAUUUUUGAAUACUGUGCAACGAUUAGACGUUUUACAUCUUCAUGAAGUGCUGAAUGUUUCCCAUUCCUCCUCGCUUCCCAUUGGCCUUAUGCCAUCCACUACACGCAUGUACUUCUACAAUGCUGUGACAACCUCCAUUGCUCAAGUAUUUUCGUACGCCUUUCACUUGCGUUCUCUACACUUGAAAGGUGGCUUUUUAAUUCCUCGGGUGCCCCCAGACCUUGACAAGUCUCGAAUAGCAUGCAUCGGAGAAGAUAAAGAGGCAAUGGUAAAUCUGCAAGCACCCAGUAAUAGCGAAGCUAGCCAUAGGACUAAUGCUUCCAUGCACAUGGAUACAGUAGAAUCCUAUAUGUUGUCUAUUACCGGCGAAUUCAUAAGGGUGUUAUCGCGUCAGCCAGAUGCUCUUGUUUCUCUUUCCUUAGAAAUGUACUUGGCUUUCACCACUGUCAUCAAGGCUAUGCAGGCCCCAUCCCAAAUCUUCAUGCUCACAUAUCGUCAUGUUUCCCAGCUGCUGCACAUCCUUAUCGACACCAUAAGCAUAGGUCUAAGUGCAGACUCUAGCGAACUUUAUCGCAUCUCCUUGUACUUUCUUAGAAAACUGCUUGUAGUCGCACUACCCAUGCCUGGCCUAUUCGAGGUAAUUAACUCAAUAUUGCAAAACUUUCUGAUAAUGCCUCUGAACGAAAGCGAAUCUGCAGACAUCCGCGGCCAUGGAUUGCUCUUCAUAGACCUAUUGCUCGGAACAACCUAUGCUGGAAAGGAUGCUACUUAUACAGAGAAACAAAUCAAUCUCCUGAGCUUCUUGUACGAUAGUCACAUUGCCAGCAGUGAUAUCGUGUGUUCUGCUCUCCCAGGGCUAUAUCCAAUGAAACCUAUUGUUCUCAGCCUGCUUGACGCUGUGGCAAACAACCUCAACACUUAUAUGACGUUAACAGACGCGUCACUCACAAGCAUAUCCCAUAAGACUCUUUCGUUAGAAGCUCUUUUGUAUAAAUAUAUAGACCUAUCGCACCGCGUAGACGCUACGACGCUCACGGCCCAAUACUCCUUGAGCCCGCAAGGCCCCAACAACACUGCAGUGUUCUUUUCAACUGUAGCCGAUUGUGCGGUCCAUGUUUUGGUGUCUAUUAUGCGGGGAUUUAGGAGGUUCUUGAUGGAUAGAAAGUUAACGGAAGCGCAGCAGAUGAUAAUUCUUUCUAAUAAGCCGUUAGAGGACCACAUAGUUUCGCUGCUCAAUGACUAUCGCCGGAACACAUUGAUCUCUGAGUUUGCAACUGCCUCUAGGCCGAAGAAGGUUAUUCAGAAAAUGAUUCAAUGCGGCUACAUCCGUAACGACCACAGAUCCAUCAUACGCUACAUUGUUUCUCAGAAUUUCAAUAAGAAAGGAUUUGGAGUACUCCUUGGCGAUCCACACGAAUCAGAGCUUCUGGAAGCCUUUGCAGAUAUUGUUUUCAGUGAUCUGAGGCUCUUCAUCGACUCAGUGCGCCAAGGAAAAACAGGAUCGAUGGUUUCAGUCCCCAACUCUGAAGAUAGGUCGUGCUACGAUAGAGUGGCUGCCAUGGUUAAUACCGAGUCCCUAGGCUCGUUAUUCACAUUAACUCAGAAGGAGAUGCAGACUCUGCGAGCCCGGCAACGGCAACAACAGCAGCAGCAGCAACAAAAGUCAUCAUCUGAAGGUCGCCAGUCCGAUCAUACACCAAUUAUCCCGGUAAUGUGUCGGUGGUCUGAGCAGAAGGAGAUGCCGGAAAAAUCAGAGAACAUCUUCUUGAUAGCUAUAAGAUACUACUUAUCGUUCUUUCACAUUCCUGGGGAAAGCCAGCAGAUUGAGCGAAUCAUGAAGGUCUUCUCGCAGCACUUUGUGCAUCUCUUUUCUCUCUUGCCAGAUGACAUGAAGAAUGGGACGACAUUUACUCAGGAGUUAGCAUACAUACUAUCGUAUGCAGUGCUCAUGCUAAAUACAGACUUGCACAACUCAUCUGUCAAAGAGAAAAUGACCAAGGAAGUGUUCAUCAAAAAUACGAAGUGUGCAGACAAGCAGGACCUCAUCCAAGUCCAAUUCCUGGCAGAGCUAUAUGAUGGCAUCAUCUCUUCGCCCUUUAGUAUUAACGAGAUCAGGACCAGGCAGUUUAUCAGUACCCACGGCUUCCCACAGUUAUGCAAAAAGCUAGGAAAGUAUAUAUCUAUGGAACUUGACUGUGUCUAUCGAGAGUCUGCCAAUUGUCACAACACACUUACUGUGAAGCUUGAUGAAUGCGACGACAUUCUGAUGGACAUUCUUGAAGAAGAUACCAACUUAGAUCUGGUGUCCAAGCCUUCGCUAACAGCUUGCUCGUCGGAGUCUUGCAUUAGGGGUACAGACGCAUCACAUACUCCACUCGCUUCUACCAGUACAGCAUCGAAGGGUCGCGAUGACCAGAACAGUGGAACAACCGAGCCUGAUGCAGCUGCAGUUGAAGAGCACAUAGAGGCAGGAAGCCUGGCAAUGCCAUUGCAGAAGAUUGCAUAUAAUCUGCAGCAAACCACACCACAGUCCACUGCCACUCCCCGUGAUCCAGAAGAAUCUGGCCAUGGCUCUGAGACCCUUGCCACAGCCGAACAAAAGUCACAUAACAAUGAACAGCCAACUCCGCAAGCUAGCCCGCCGAGUGGACCGAUAUCCAUAUCGGAUAUUCAGGCAUUCAAGCAAUAUGAGCGGUUUCUUCGAAUUAAUAUAGCACUGAACAUGUUUAUGAAUCGCGCAGUUGACUCACUCACAGUCUAUAUGAAGGCUUUAUGGUUCAAAGUUCCAGCUGAGUUCACUGGCGCCGUUCCAGAGCUUGUUUUCCACUUAUAUAGACUUUGCGAUUAUUUGAUUGUCUGUCAGACGAAGCAGAAUAUUGCAGAGGAACGUAUCAGCGACAUCAUUUCCCGAGAAGAGACAAUACUUCGCAUCUUCCAGCACCGAUCUCAGCUGCUUCGUAACCUUGUUAUUUCGAGCUUAUUCUAUCUCAGGCGGCAUGUCUGGCAUGCCAAUCUUAUUAUUCCACACUUGGAGCCUUCCGAGCUAUCGACACAGCUAGCUUCUAGCUUAAGGCUGGGUAACAGCAAGGAGGACUUUACUCUCUUAGCCACGUUAGCUGGGCAGCACUGCGCUGUAGCCAUAGUCCUCUUCGUGCUUGUAUCCUCUCAUGUCAAUGAGGGCGCAUAUGAAGCCUUUGGGCAUCUAUACAAUCUUUCUAGAAUUCUGUACAAGCUCGUGAGCGACUCUAACCCAAAGGCACUGCGUCAAAGCUUUGUUCUUUCAAAUCAAGAAUUAUCGCGUGGGAUUGCUCUCCAGGAGUAUACCUCGUUCCACAUUAUUGAACACUUUAUUAAUCCAUAUCUUCACAUCCUUAUCAUUGCCAAUAAAGUUUUCCAGAAGUUGGGUCUACGCCUUGAAAUCUUUAGCACCCUGGCACUAUCCUUUUCUGACAAUAUUUUGUACUUCUAUAGGCACCUCCUAGAUAUUUUCACAGUGUCUCUUUUGGGCUCAGAUAAGGUAUGCGCCAUUGUACUAGAGCAGCACGGAAAGGAGCUACAUGCGUACAACAUGAUUCGGCUACCUAUCAGUGUUGAUUUCCUUACAUUUACAAUCAAUAUCUUUAAGCUCAGACUGCGAAAAGUUUAUAAUGCUACACCGGACAAGCAGUUGCCCGAUGCAGGCACAGAGGUUCCGGCACUCAUGACCCCUCGACGGGGGCUGCAUACAGUAGAUGUGGACAUAUACUCUCCAAUAACGUGUCUAGAUGCGUCGCGGUGUGAUGCUAAUGAUGUUAAUGAUACUGCAUCUAAGCCUACCACCCUUGACAUGAUCUUGGAGGAGUUCUCACUCGUAUACAGUUCACUCAUAGUCAGUAUUCUCUAUGGAUAUGUGUACUCGAACGACCCGCUAGAAAAUGCUGCUACGUGCGCUACUCUCAUACGGACUUUGAGUAGGUUUGUCAAGUACAUGCUGCCUAUUUUUAGGAACAACUUUGAAUACUCUGAUAACAGACUAUCCAGGCUUUUCUUCCUUCCGCUAGCACACCUGAGCAAGCUGAUACCGUAUCCAACAGACUUGUCGCUGCUUUUUGCAAUGGUCAAUGAGCUCCUCACAGAGCUCCCUGAUACUGAUGACCAUGACGCUAUCUUUUCUGUUAUUCUUUCCUCAUUGUACAGAAUAACGAACAAGAGUCACAAUACGUCUAUUGAGAAUGGUCUUGAAGAGCUUGCAUGCACAGAGUGCUUCCAUGAGAACAGUGAGCCAGACUUUCCAUAUAGCUCAAGGUCCUGUUUAUUUAGCACUGAUUUUCUGGUACUGUACCGAAAGAGCACGCCUAUUGACAUGACUGCUUUACAGAACACGCUCAUGGGCUCCACCAUAUUGGAACAUGGAGCUUCUGUGGUAUACCCUACAAUCGCGCAGAAAAAGAAGAGCUUACUACAGGGCUCAUCUGUUCUUUCAUGCAUUACACCUAACGCCUCUAUCACCAGCUCCAUUAGUGCCUCUGUCACAUACUCCAAUGAGUAUAGCUGGUCAACGACCUAUGAACAACUUGAUGGGCUGCUAAACUUCUUGGGCUCCAAGGUCUCUGAAUUGAAUAACACAAAUGCAAGCAGAUUUUGUACUGCCAUAGCUCACUUUACAUGUCUUGGAGAGACUACCAUCUCUAGGACUGCGCUAGGAAUCCUCAAAGAAGCGCUGCCAACUAUUUUGUCGCUUCACACGGAGCAUACACUCGUACUGCUGGAAUGUUACCUUAAAACUUUGGAAGCUGCGACCCAGACGAGCAGAGCACUAGCGCUGAGGAACUUUGUAUACUCUAUCGCCACAGUCCUAAUUAAUAGCGAGCUCUCUUGCAACUCGGAGCUGUGGGGCUCAGUGUGGCAACGUUGUGUCUCCCCUAUCCUUGUGUUCCAGUACACUAGAAACGAGUACGAUAUCUUGCUCUUUGUGGCCCAUACAAUUUACUUGAUGCUUUCACCGAAUGCUCCAUUGAACGCUCCAUCAAAUGAGUAUAGCAGUACAGAGGUCGAACUAACGCAUCAGACCCUCCAGUCGGCAUGCACUUCCUUCCUUUCUCCACUAGCCACAGAUUGUUCUAGCAUAUCGUCAUCCAAGCAGCAUACCAUUGUCUCAGCGUUCUUUGCAUUGGUACUGCAAUUAAUGUUGCAAGGGCAACCCGGGGCCGAGGCAAUCGCGCUCCUUUUUUCAGGCGUUAUUGAGCCCAUGCUCUUGGUGUCAAACAUGUACCAGGUGAAGAGCUCCUUUAGCGCUAAGGAAUAUAUUUAUGAUCCGCUUUUUGAUUUACUAGUAGAUAGGGUUGACACCACAACAUUUCUAAGUUCCACAAAAGAGCAGUCAGUGGCUCCACGCAUCACAAGUGCAGCCACACUUCUCAGGUACACACUUGAUACUUUGAUUUCUGCUCAAUUUGAUCUGCUUAACAAUGAUGCAUUUGCUUUCUUCUGUUCUGUUCUAGAAGGACCUGUCUUAGAGCUCUUGAAGAACAUAUCUGAAACAUACAGUUCUCAUAAUAAUUUACGAACCGAAGAUUGUGAGGCAAUUGCAUCUGGGGCAGAUUUAGUAUUUGCGUUAGCAAGCUUACUGGCACCUGGUACAGAGAGCGAAUGUUCCGCACCUGAUCAUUUCCUCAAUAGAUUGAAGCAAUCGGAUCACGAUAUUGGUAGAGUUCUUCGAUUUACAGAACAAGGACUGGUUCAAUGCAUAUCAUUGCUCACCGUUCUCUCCCGCAAGCUUUCUCCAACGGACGAAACUAUUUGCGCUGAAUAUCACCGCAUAUCUAACGAGCUCUUUUCAAUACUAACCACCCUGCUAACCGCGGACCCAUCUAUAAAGACCAUUUGCAAGGCUACUUUCAAGAAGCUUAUAACGCUGGCAGUUCACAACGAUUUAGAGAUAAGAAUGGCUCUAGUUUCAUACUUGGACGCUUACGACGAAAAAUUCUGA